AUGGUACCUCCACCCCCCACCAACAAGCCCCACGUGUGCCUCUCCACCAUCCUGAUCAUGAGCAGCAUGGCGCUGAUUGACGCCUACCUCGUGGAGCAGAACCACGGGCCGCGCAAAAUUGGCAUCUGCAUCAUGGUGAUGGUGGGAGACAUCUGCUUCCUGAUCGUCCUGCGUUACGUGGCGGUGUGGGUGGGUGCCGAGGUACGCACGGCCAAGCGAGGCUACGCCAUGAUCCUCUGGUUCCUUUACAUCUUUGUGCUGGAAAUCAAGGUCUACUUUGUGUAUCAAAACUACAAGGCGGACAGGAAGAGCCUAGACGCCCUGGCCAGGAAAGCCUUGACGUUGCUGCUGUCUGUUUGCAUCCCGCUGCUGUUUGUGGUGCUGGUUGCCAUCGACCACAUGGAGUACGUCCGCGCCUUCAAGAAGCGCGAGGAGAUCCGCAAUCGCCUCUUCUGGGUCGUGGUGGACUUGCUGGACAUACUGGACAUCCAGGCCAACCUGUGGGAGCCUCAGAAGAAGGGGCUCCCCUUGUGGGCGGAGGGCCUGAUGUUCUUCUACUGCUACAUCCUGCUGCUCGUGCUGCCCUGCGUGUCCCUGAGUGAGAUCAGCAUGCAGGGCAUCAACAUUGUGCCCCACAAGAUGCUCCUGUACCCCAUGCUCAGCCUGGUGACCAUCAAUGUCAUCACUCUCUUCAUCCGAGGGGGGAACAUGAUUCUGUACCGUGACGCCAGGGUAUCCGGCAUCCUGAUAGGCAAGAACAUCCUGGCCAUCAUCCUAAAGACCUGCAGCUUCGUGCAGUACAGGAGACAGCUACAGAACUCACCUGCCUUCGGGGUGGAGCUGCAAAAAAACUCAGUGGCCCACACUCGCCCCGCCCCCACCCCGCCUGUUGUGGUCAUGCAGGACCAGACGCCCCUCCCAGAGGUGACAACAUGUGAACACACAUGA